UGCAGAAAUUUCUUGGUGCUAACUUUGAUUCUUAAUGGGCAGAGCAGAUUUCAUGAGUUGGGAUAACAUAAAGUAGGUUCAUAGUGUAUUUCGGUGAGAAGAACAUGAUGAACCUGAGCUUUUCACGAAAUCAUCAGAUGUUGUGGUCACUUCUCGAAAGAUUGUAGUAAAGGGGAUGCUCAUGAUUCAAUGUUAUGUCAUGUUGCUUCUGGUUCUUUUAUCUUAGGUCUCAAUCAAUAAAAAGUAUUCUGAUAUUCCAGAAGUGUGGCAAGAGAGGACUUCAACUCCUGUCACUGCAACAAAAAGCUCAUAAGAGCCAAAUACAGCUAAGCAGGCUUUGUACCAAAAACAUGGUCUGUUUCUUAUACGCCAAAUCUUCCUUGCUUGGAGCUGAGCGUCAAUACCCUGACUACAACAUCAGGGAGUACACAAAGCGAAGGAUCUUGGAUGGGUUCCGCAUGAACAAGAAUCUCACUGACCCAUCAAAUGUGGAGGCUUCUGCUGAAGGUUAG